AUGUCUCAGUCGAAAAACAAAAAUCCUACAGGCAGCAAGAAGCCUCCUUCUGGCUUCAAGCGGUUUGUGAAUCGAUUCCGACCAUCAAGUCGAUCCUCGUCGCCCAAUCCUGGUCCCACGGUGGAUCCAGAGGCCCGACCUUCAACGUCGGGCAGUGUCGCUGGAGGCGAGUCAGAUGCUCAGGUUCUCAACUGGACUCUCUCGUCCGACGACUUAGGUGCUUGCCCCCAUGCCGACUGUAAGGACAUCUGUUUCGGAUUCUGGCCGCUUCAAGACCCGACCAACAUUGGGCUUGCCAUGAAUCCCGCCACGUUGCCCAUGGCAAAGUGCAUGUUCUGUCCGCACGUCGCGAUCUUCCACAAGAAAAAAGCGGCACCAAAUCGUCCAUCCGCGUCCGACUUUGCCCCGCAAGCGAAUACUGCUCCGCAGUUCCCGAAGACCGCUGGUCCUACGCCCACUCAAAGCACUCUCUUCGGUUCUCGUCCCCCGGUUUAUACCCCGCCAGCAUACUCUUCAACGGCUUCUACGUCUACGGCCCCUGCCUCCUCUGCCUUCGGCUUUGAUCCGAACGUCUUCAAAACGCAUACCAGUGUCCGAACGGAUCGCGUCGACCAGGCUCAGGACGCUGCUCCUCAUCCAGCUCCUACCAAUCCUCGGCCUACUUCCAUACCCUCCUACGCUGCUCGUGCCGCCGGUCGCUCCGAGGAUAUCGGCAACAACACCAUGGCUCAGAAAGAAGGCAAACCUCAGAGUAAGCUUCAGAAUCACUUUCAUCCGAGUACCGACAAUGCUACCGAAGCCAGUACUAACGGUCGUAAACGCCCCAAGGGUUCCCGCAAGUCGAAGAAGUCGUUGGGCGGUCAAGAUGUCAGCGGUGCGAAAUCCUUGUCCUCGAAGGCUGGAGAUACGGUCGAGUUCACCAUCGCCCUCCUUCCCAACACGGCCGCCGUGCACGGAGGUUACUGUCGUCUUCCGAAAGCUGACGGCCUCGUCCGGCUAGACAGUCUCGAACUCGUCAAGACCGUCAAGAUCUUCUCCGAUGACUCUGCCGAAAAUAUAUCCGAAAAAAUCACCACCCUCUUCCGCCAUGUCCCCGAACUCUGUGAAUCCGCCGACGCUUGCGACGAGGCCCAUUCCACUCACCCAAACGACCCUAACCUCCCCUUUGCGGCUUGGGUUCCUCUUUUCCCUCGCAAGAUCAAGCGCGGUGUUGCACCCCUUCUGAAACCCUACCCUCAAACUCGUCAACUCGAUCUGAGUCAACUUCGACGACUUGCUGCCGCAAGCGCCGUUCGAAACGCAAAAACCGCCUUCAAGAACCUUGUUCUCAUCGCCCUUCCUCAAGGCCGGGGAGAUAUCGCGGACGCCUUAGGUAGUGAUGAUGACUCGGAGGAUGAGACGGACGACGACGACGACGACGACGAUGAGGAUGGGGAUGAGGAAGAGUGUGAGGAAGAGGAUGCGUCCGUAUUGCCGUCUGACACUGGAGGGGUCGAGGAUCCUGUCGGCGAGGGGAGCAACAAGGGGGAAGAGUCGAAUGGUGACCUUACUGACAUCAUGCCUCCGCCAAAGCGCCCUCGUACGGACAAGGGCCCGUCAACGUCCGACACCGCGACAGAAUCACCCUCAAUGUCUGCUAAUUCCAACACGCCCGCCUCUGCUUCAGGGCCUUCCACUACCGUACUGGCCUGGCAACAGUCCUGGGCGCUAUACCUCCUUGGGAAUGUUGUAGAACCUCGACCUCGUAAUUCUGGCAUGUGGCCUUCCAUCCCUCACGCAAUGUAUGGUCCUGCUCUGGCUUCGAUGAAAGCUAUGAAGGCGGCCCACUCCGUCUAUUAUGGCGAAACCACAGCUAGCACAUCGCUCGACGAAUUGAUUUUUUGGAACAGCUUUAUCGUUCCGUUCAUCGACUCGAUCGACUUCCUCAAGACGCUUGCUGCUGAACUACCGACAUUCUCCUCCGACGAGGUUACCGCUGCAACUACCAAGUUCGGCCCUCAUGGUCUACACGAGAUUGCGGAAGGUCUUUCCUACGUCUAUACCUUCCUCCCGACAGUUACCUUCCCCUCUCAUGACGUCUGGAAGCAAUAUCGCACAACACUGGGCGAAAUCUCCAAAUCAAUUUAUGGUCUUGUCCGCAACUUUUACCGCUGUCCCACAAGCCCCUCACCCGACGUGUAUUCGAUUCCCGCCAUUCGUCUGUUUGCUAGAGCGGUUGCCCAGUGUGACAAGAAGCGUGAGCUCCAGAUUGCAUCCGAGUACGAUUGGCGCAAGCUUCAUGUUGUGUUCCUCCUCGAUUCGUCAAAGCCGGAGGAAGUAGCGCAGGCCUUAGCAGAAGACUUUGGGUCUUCCGAUGACCGGUACACCAUGACCUCCGAAAACUUCUUCAUCGGAGUAUGGGGGAUGUCUCGCCUCUUGACGGAGGUGAUCUUCAAACGCCUCUUCGAUCUUCCACCCACCUUUCAAGGCAGUCAUGACGCUAUGCGCUCCGUACUGGCGAAGUUCUGUGAGGAGGCCACUGGGAAGCUCAAUCUAAUGAGCAAGUCGCAUGGCAAGAAGACUCAGGGAUCUUCAAAGUUCAUGAACGCCCACACAACAGACGGAGCCGAGCAGCCUUCCUCUGCUUCUGCGUCCGACCGCCAGACUCGUUACAACACGAGGCAGACGUUCCAAGCAACUCCGCUCUCAAACGAGACCUCUGGCCCGAAGAAAAAGUCCCGGAAGGCGAAGAAGUCAGCUCCUGUGUUUACUGGUGAAGGCACGGCGAGGGAUCCUCUGUUCCUCGCUUCGGACGAUGAUGAGCGCCCUCACGAACAACCUGGUACCGGGAAGACCUCUCAAACCGGUAACGAUGAUGUUCCUCUUCCUUCGCGUUCGGAACUAGAGGAUAUGGGGAACGAGGAUGAGCUGGAUGACAUCCUGAGUCGUGAGCCACCUCCUUUUCCAGAAGGCGAGUUAACGGGCCAGAAGGUCUUCGAGUGGGUGGCCUCAAUGACUAAUUUCUUUGAAACAGUGGACAUGGGUAAACAUAAGAUACCAAGCAGCUCUUCGUCCUCGCCUUUGCCCAAACGUAGUCAAAUGGAACGUAUUCAGAGCUUGUUGGAGAGGAUGAAGAAGAACCUUUCCCCGGAACACCGUCGUGCUUUUGACUCUAUUCCCAUACCUUCGAGAAAUCCCACUUCUAACCACACCACGUCCGAUGCUCCCCCUCCUCCAUCCUCUACAGCUCCGCCUACGUCAUCACAGCGGAAGCCCAAACCUCGUCCCAUACCAGUCAGACCCUCUGCUCAGUCUUCAUCUGCGUCAAGCUCAGCUUCCACUGGUCAGAAACGCACUCGUGAUCAGUCCGAGGAGGUGUUCGACGACGGAAACCAUUCACCGCCGGCAAAGGCAUCCAAGACGUCCCAAUCAACUUCUGCGACAUCUCACACCGCUUCGUCAACGUCUGGUCCUCCUGAUCCAGCGUCAACACCCUCCUCUGCGCCACCUCCGCCCAAUCAACCCAGCUCUUCAGCAUCAUCUACCUCCAACCUUUCGGCUUCGUCCGCUUCAACACCACCAUCUUCGAUACCCUCACAGUCCAGGCCCUAUUCAUUUACUUUCACGCCUUCAUCUUCUACGCCGUCCUCUUCUACGCCGUCCUCCUCCAUACCUUCCUCUUUCAUCCCGUCGUCUUCUAUACCAUCAUCUUCUGCUUCCUCAACCUCCACAGCAUCUCCUAAUUUUCCCAUAUUUCCCUCUUCCACUCUUCUUACGACUUACACCACUCGGGUCACAUCGGCCAUGGAUCGCUUGAGCCCUCGAUCGAAGAACCGGAUGAGGUGGCCGCAAUUGGUCAGGACCUUGCUCAACGAUUUGCCACACUUUGAUGUGACGAAUCACUUGGAUUCUGUUGUAAUUCAACGACAGACCUACCACCAGCAGCGCAAAGCAUUCCUACUGGUUUAUCACCCGGACAAGAAUCAUCAAUACGGUGUCGCCUGGACCAACCUAUGCGAGGAAAUCACCAAGAUCAUCAACAUUUGUCCGAGAUUUUGA